CGCCGGCGCUGUGACAGGCUUUAUAUAUAAAACGAUUAUCUAGUCUAUAAAUGUAGUUAACCUUUGUGGACAAUGCAAAGUACUUGUCAUUUGAGUAUAAUAACUUCAAAAUUGUUAAAAAUAUUGAAAAUUAAAAAGAUGUCAACUCCUGGAAUCUUAGAUGGAGAAUUAUUUAGAAUAAUUCCCGAUUCUCAGAAUAGAAAGGAAAACUCGACGCAAGUAAUUGCCGAAUGUGUGUCAUGUGGAAACAAAUACAGUGGUGCACUAAAUGCAACCGGAAAUUUUUAUACGCAUAUUAAGAGAAAACAUUUAUCAUUAUUAAAAAAAGCAUUAGAAAAGAAAGAAGCAAAAUACAAAAAUGCAUCUUCAUGUGAAACAUCCAAUCUAAAACCACUAAUACCAGCAAAGCAACCAAAACUGAUGAAUACAAAUAUGUUAGUGAAAAACACUGUCUCAAAAGAACAGGUCAUUAAACUUGUGUUAUCGUACAUAAUCAAUGAAAUGAGACCACUUGCAAUCGUUGAGAAACCAUCAUUCAGAAAUCUUAUAUCUGGUAUAUCAAACGUUGAGCUACCAACACGGAAAACUUUGAAGAAAAAAAUCGAAGAACAAUUUGAAUCGACGAUUGCUGAAAUAAAGAUUCGAGUUUCCAAAACUCAGUUUGUUUGCACUACUGCAGACAUUUGGAGUUGUACAAAUUGAAGUUUCAUGGGAAUUACUUGUCACUACCUUGAUGAUAAAUUAA